AUGCAGCUCUGGGGUCCGCGAGUGAAAACUGUGUUCUGCGGGGGCAAGAGGGCGGCCAACCGACUGCCCCCAGUGGAUCCUGGACUGGACCCCGACCGUUCUCAGCAAAUUCUGCCCUCCCCGCACCUCCGAUGUGCCAGGGAGGACCCGAGCCAGCGAGUGAAAACUGUGUUCUGCGGGGGCAAGAGGGCGGCCAACCGACUGCCCCCAGUGGAUCCUGGACUGGACCCCGACCGUUCUCAGCAAAUUCUGCCCUCCCCGCACCUCCGAUGUGCCAGGGAGGACCCGAGCCAGGCCCAGGAGAUUGGAUUCAACGCCGAGAGGCCCUUCCUGCUGGUGCUGUCCUACCUGCACGUGCACACGGCCCACUUCUCCUCGCCGGACUUCGCCGGCCACAGCCAGCACGGCGCCUACGGGGACGCUGCUGAGGAGAUGGACUGGAGUCUAGGGCAGGUCCUGGACGUCCUGGAUGACACAAAGCUGGCCAACAACACCUUCGUCUACUUCUCCUCCGACCACGGGGCGCACGUGGAGGAAGUGACCACCAAAGGGGAGCACCACGGAGGCAGCAACGGGAUCUACAAAGGAGGAAAGGCCAACAACUGGGAAGGGGGCAUCCGGGUGCCAGGCAUCCUGCGCUGGCCUGGCGUCAUCCCUGCUGGACAGGAGGUCCACGAGCCCACGAGCAACAUGGACAUCUUCCCGACGGUGGCCAAGCUGGCCGGCUCCCCACUGCCCGACGACAGGAUCAUUGACGGUCGGGACCUGAUGCCGCUGCUGCAGGGGCAGAGCCCGCGGUCGGAGCACGAAUUCCUGUUCCAUUACUGCAACUCCUACCUGAAUGCCGUGCGCUGGCACCCGAGGGACAGCACGUCCAUCUGGAAGGCCUUCUACUUCACGCCCAAGUUCACGCCCCAGGGCUCCAACGGCUGCUUUUCCACCCACGUCUGCUUCUGCCACGGCCACUUCGUCACUCGCCACCGCCCGCCCCUGCUGUUCGACCUGUCCCGGGACCCGCGCGAGCGCACGCCGCUGACGCCUGAGACCGAGCCCCGGUUCCACGACAUCCUGCGAGCCAUGCAGGAGGCGGCCGACGGCCACAGGGCCACGCUGACCGCUGCCCCCGACCAGCUGUCCGUGGGGAACCUGCUGUGGAAGCCAUGGCUGCAGCUGUGCUGCUCCUCGCCGCGGCUGGCCUGCCGCUGUGACAAGGAAGCCCAGGGCACCAGGGUCGCCCACUAGCCAUGCGCCCCCGGCCACCCGGGGUGGCCAUCCCGGCCCGGCCCUGUGGCCCGCCCUGCACGUGCUUGUCUCUGGGCCUCGGUGCAGCGAUCCCGGCCUGCGCUGGCGUCUGGCCGGCCCUCAGCGGCUUCUCCUCAAGCUUGGCUUCGAGCUUUUAACCGACCCAACAGCAGGGGUGGAUCGUGCAUCCGGGCCGGGGCUCCGACCCAGGGACAGUGGCUGGGAGCCACGUCUUGGGGGCAGGGAUCGUCACGUCCAAGAGGCAGGGAGUUAGAGGCUGGGGCGUAGAAAACAGGGUUCUCCCCUCAAUCUUCAUCUAAGACCCCCCGGAUGCACAGCAUCGCCGGUCCCCUUUCCCCUCGUCCUCGGGCUGCCCAGUGGCCCCCACGAUGGCACUGGGGUUCAGGGCCACGGAAAGAGAGCCGCGUCGUGCUGAAAUAGACAUUGUGCUGAAAUAGACACACACACACACACAAACACACCGCAAACCCACUGUCGCAGACCUGAUGUUGACUCACAGGACCAGACAGGACAGAGCUGUGACCCUCCCACGGAGCAGCGGGUGGCUUUGAACUGCUGGCCUUGCAGUUAGCAACCCAGCACGCACCCGCCACUCCCCCCC